UAAGGUUGCAUACAAUUGACACUUAUGGUUUGAUUCUUCCUUAGACCCCACGCAUAACUAGAGAUUAGUACCACAACGUCUGAUCAAAUAUGUGCAGGUCAUCCUUGUUUUAUGUAUAUUCAACAACAACAACAAACCCAGUAUAUUCCCACCUAGUGGGGUCUGGGGAGGGUAGAAUGUACGCUGUUCAUACCACUAUCUCUAAAGAAGUAGAGAGACUGUUUUCGAUAGACUCCCGGCUCAAGAUAUAGGACAAUAAACAAAAACAUCCAAAGCAUGAAACAUGAUAAACCUAACAUAGAUACGACAUCCACAAAAAUAAAGUAGAUUACCAAUCAAAAGACACCAAAGCCCACCUAACUACUGACUACGAUUCAACCACCCACCUUAUCCCUCUAUCUUAGUAUUUUUCCUCCAAACCUUCCUAUCCAGGGUCAUGUCCUCAGUGAGUUGUACCUUGUUUUAUGUUCAUUAUUUUAGUCUUAAGUUGUGAUCUCAAGGGCGAUAAAAAUUGUUGCGUUAUUUUUAACUAUGCAACGUUGAGAUUUCUGAUUGAUGUUUUCGUAACAUAAUGAACUGCAGUGAUUUCUCCAAUAGACGAUUAGAAAGUAAGAUCCCUGAGAACUUUGGAGACCUUCAAUAUUUAAAAAGCUUCUAUUUGAAUGGAAACAAGUUGCGUGGAUCAAUUCCUGAAUCAUUUAAAAAGCUGGCGAGACUAGAGAAUUUUUCUCUCUGUGAUAACUCAUUGGAAGGACGCAUUCCACCUUUCCUUGGUCAGAUGACAUCUUUAAAAAGCAUAUAUUUGUGCAAAAACUUCUUCGACCAAACAAUUCCUCCAGAAUUAGAUUCUCUCCCAUCUUUGGAAUAUUUAGAUUUGGGAAAUAACUUUUUAUCAGGGAAAAUUCCGAAUGAGUUGGGAAAUAUUGAGAGCCUGAUUGAAUUGUACCUCGUUGAUAAUCAACUCUCGGGUGUACUCCCGGACCAGCUUGGAAAUCUUGUGAAUCUUGAAGUGUUGAACUUUCAGAACAACGAAUUUAUUGGUCCCUUGCCGCCGAGCUUCAAGAGUUUGAAUAAACUGACAUACUUCAAUGUGCAAGGGAACAACCUCUAUGGAGAAAUCCCAGAUAUUUUCGAGCAGUGGCAAGAUCUCCGUAUCAUGAAUCUGAUGGGGAAUAGUUUUUCUUCACCUUUGCGUGGCCAAUUCUCGAAGCUGAAGAAUCUAGCAGAACUGCAUAUCAGUGACUUAAUUGGAGGAAGCUCGUCGUUUCCAGAUUUAUCUGGAACGAAAAUUUUGAGAGUUUUAACAUUGAGGAACUGCUUAAUAGCUGACCGCAUCCCCGUUGAGAUAUGGAAUUUACCUGACCUGCAGUAUCUGGACUUGAGUUUCAAUAGUUUGUUUGGUGGAAUUCCACAAGCUGUUGACAACUCGCUGAAUUAUAUAUUUCUAAGAAAAAAUAAUCUCAAUGAGACAAUUCCAGCUUGGAUGAAUGCUACUUCAUACGUGGAUGUUUCAGAAAACCUUUUCAGAAAGGUGAGCAUUAGCCCCGGAAAGACACCAAACCCUAACUUGAAUCUGUUCAAGUGCUGCUCCAAUGAAACGGAUGAGGUUGCAAAGCGGGACCAAGUUGAUUUCAAUUGUACGAAAGGAACUCAGUUUUAUGACCAUUUGUAUAUAAACUGCGGUGGUGAGUCUGUAACAGUUAACGGAAGAGUUUAUGAAGCUGAUGUAAAUCCACGUGGUGAAUCAACUUUCUUUAAUAGAUCAAAUUGGGGCUAUAGUAGUAUGGGAAACUUCUUAUGGGCACAUCGUAUGGUAUGUACGACGUGAAGCUUCACUUUGCUGAAAUAUCUAGUCGCAAUAAUAAAGAUUCGCAUAGCAAAGCAGGGCGACUCUUUGAUGUAGAUAUCCAGGGAGAUAACAAGCUGAAAAACUACGACAUAGAAAAA